UACCACUCUCUCUCUCUAUUCUCUCUCUCUAUAAUAUAAGAGAAUUCCUAACCCAAACAAAUCUUAAACAGAAUUUGCAGACUUUCUUCUCUGUUAUUCUUUCUUUCUUUCUUGUUUUUCUAUUCUUUAUAUCAACUCCAACAAUAACAAAAUUAUUAUUCUUUCUUGUUUUUUAGUUCUUCAAAAUCAAGAACCAAGAACAUCUUUGUUCUUGUUUGUUUAUAUGUUUUGAGUUCUUGAAAAUCAAGAACGAACCUCUCAGUUCUUGUUUUUGGAUUCUUGAAGUUCAAGAAACUCGUUUGUUUUAUGUUUUGAGUUCUUGAAAUCAAGAAAAUAAUCUAGAAAAUGCCAGCAAGUUUAGAGCCGUUGGAUUUAAACAUUCAAAUACCUUAUCACUUCAGAUGUCCGAUUUCACUUGAGCUCAUGCGUGACCCGGUCAUCGUCGGCACCGGUCAAACCUACGACCGUUCCAGCAUUGAGUCAUGGGUGGCAACCGGCAACACUACAUGUCCGGUCACUCGAGUUCCUCUCGCCGACUUCACUCUCAUACCAAACCACACUCUCCGUAGAUUAAUCCAAGACUGGUGCGUCGCUAACCGUUCAUUCGGCGUCGAGCGUAUCCCGACGCCAAAACAACCGGCCGAACCGAGUCUGGUUCGUUCUUUAUUAAACCAAGCGGUUUCUGUUUCGGUAACGAAUCACUCGAGGCUCUCAGCUAUUCGGAGACUAAAAUCACUCGCUCGUGACUCGGAGAAGAAUCGGUCUAUUAUAGCUUCGCACAAUGUUUCCGGUCUGCUCUUAAACCUAAUCUUCGCGAAUUUCUCAUCGGAUUCGUCGGAUUUAACUCACGAAGCUAUUGCUCUCCUCGUUAUGUUUCCACUCACUGAGUCAGAAUGCGUAUGUAUAGCGACGAACACGGAGAUUAUUAAUUCCUUAACGAAUUUCUUGUUCCACUCGUCAAUCGAAGUCCGAGUCAACUCAGCUUCGUUAAUCGAAACGGCAAUCGCCGGAACAAAAUCGUCCGAUCUCCGAGCGGAAAUCAGCAAUAGCGACGAGAUAUUCGAAGGAGUAAUCGAGUUAUUAAAAAAACCGAUCUCAAACUAUCCUCGCGCGCUUAAAAUCGGAAUUAAAGCGCUGUUCGCUUUAUGUCUAGUCAAGCAAACGCGGCAUAAAGCUGUUGCCGCCGGCGCCGCGGAGACGUUAAUCGACAGACUGGCGGAUUUCGAUAAAUGCGACGCGGAGAGAGCUUUAGCGACAAUUGAGUUAUUAUGCAGAGUUCCGGCCGGUGUAUCGGAAUUCGCGGAGCAUGCUUUGACUGUGCCGUUAUUAGUCAAGACGAUAUUGAAAAUUUCCGAUAGAGCGACGGAAUACGCGGCGGGGGCGUUAUUGGCGCUGUGUACGGCGUCGGAGAAGAGUCAGGGAGAGGCGGUGUGCGCCGGAAUAUUGACGCAGCUUUUGUUACUUGUGCAGUCCGAUUGUACGGAUAGGGCGAAGAGGAAGGCUCAGAUGUUAUUGAAAUUGCUUAGGGAUUCUUGGCCGGAGGAUUCUUCUGGUUAUUCUGAUGAUUUUGUUUGUAGUGAAGUUGUUCCGUUUUAAAUUCUAAUUUUUGUUCUUCAAUUUUUUUAAAUUCUUUUUGAAAUUUUUAGUUAGUUAAAAAGAUUACCAGAAAAAAUGAAAUUAAGAUUUUAGAUGGGUAUAUAUAGAGAGAGAAAAGGAGAUUGCAAUUUAUUCAAAAAAAAAAAAAAAAGGAGAUUGCAAUUUGUAUGUAAUUUUUGCAUUUAACAAAGUUUUAUUUGGAAGGCAAUGAAUAGUUUCUUUCAAUUUCAUGUUUAAUUUUGAUUUAGUGUUAUAAUAAUCUCAUUUCUUACGGGUUGAA